GCGAAUACACACACACUUACUCACACACCCCAAAAAUAAAGAAGUAACAAACAGAAACUCUGUCCCUUUUCUACGGCCACUGCCAGGGUGGGUUGCCCUCUGCAGUGUAUCUCUGGUUGGCUUCUUUUUUGGGCCUUUGGAUACCUUUGAGGCCCCCCGCGUGAUAAGGUGCGUGUGUUAGAUCAUUGGUUUCAUUUGGUAAGAGGAAAUUUAGCAGAGUUGAGCAAUGGUACGGGGACAGUUUUGAAAGCCCUUGAGAAAGCAUCAGAGUUGCAGAUCGAAGUGUCAGGCGGCGAGGAACCCAUGCUGCAUCCGUACAGAAUGGAGGGGUACAUCAUCACACCCAAAGAAGAGAGUAGAGAGAGAGUAACCUGGACUGGCUGGAUGUCACAGACACCGUCUGUACAAAAAGAUUACUGGGCAGUUUUAACCAAAGAUCAAACAGAGGAAAUGUUUGAAUCAGAGAUGUAUCGACCACCAAUGGAGUAUCAGUAUGUCAUUGACGAGAGUCAGAAUGAUCACGCUUGGGAUUAUAAUACACAUCAUGUCCAUCCAGUGGAUUUCGAGAACCUGCCAGAGAGCCACUUCACAGAGCUACAGAGCGUACAGCCACUACAUGCAUCAAAUGUGCAUCGCUUCCCAGAAGUUGAGUCGGGCCAUUUUAUCGACCCAGGCCUGACCGGGCAUCACCUCACUCUGCCCCCUCCACAGAUGACAUACUUGCCACGGCCAUCUGUGUGUUACCCUCACAGUGUACAGCCGUCUCCUCUCCAGCGCAGCUCGGAUGAUGAUGACCCCGGCAGUCGCAGUCCUCCGUUAGAGGUGUCAGAUGAGGAGUGUAUGAGAGACCACAUUACAUCAACAACAGGAGGUGAGCAUGGUAAGGACAAAAGCUAA